AUUACCCAUGAUUCCCCAGCAACGUAUGACCUGUCUCUGGCCUUGUGCAGCGCGGCUGGUUGCAGGAUUGAGCAAGCGGCGUUAGGAUUACGUUAAUUUAGUGGCAUUGGUGCACCUACGUGACAAUUUGCAAGUUGCAACAAUGCUCAAAUGUAGAACCGUGUGGAGAAAGCUUGCUCCCCUUGCCAGAGCCUCGUCAACACUGUGUCGGCAAAAUGUGAGGAGGACAGGUUUGCAUAAUGCCAGAAUACCUGCACAUGUACCUGGGGCUCAUAUGGCGACAGGGCCUGCAGGAGGUGGUGGAGAAAAUCAGCUGUAUGUCCUCCUGGUUGGGGCAACCUGCCUUGGUGGAGCAAUUUACGCCUAUAGAACUGUUAAAGGAGACCAGCAAAGAUAUGAAGAACGAAUUGCAGAAAUCGCAUCUCGACCACAUCGGAGAACCCAACAAGCAACCACCAGCGUCCAGAUAGAAACUCCUGCCGCAGAGACCGUUGAAACAGAAUCUGUUCCAGAGUCAGAACUUCAAGCCACACCUUCGUCAGAAGAGCCGAGCCCUGUCGUGCCUGAUGCUGAGACAGCAGCCUCAAGUGAAGCACCUGAACCUAUCCAAGACGAGCCUGUGUUAGAAGCAGCACCAGAAGAAGUAACAGCAGAAGCACCCGCUGAGUCGCUCGUUGAGGAGGAAGCCUCGCCCCCUUCCGAGCCAGAGCCAGCCCAAUUAACCGAGCCGUUCCCGGCGCCUGUUGUGGAGAGUGAACCCGCCGAAGCUGAAAGCCCCGCAGCCGAGCCGUCUGAGCCGCAGGCUGAAGUAGUGGCAGAGAGUGCUGAAGGACUCGCCACUGAGCAGCCCUCACCCGCACUUCCCCCACAUGCUCCUUACCUCCUGAUUGGUGGUGGGACGGCCUCCUUCGCCGCUGCCCGCUCCAUUCGAGCCAGAGACCCUGGCGCCCGCGUUUUGAUUGUGACGGACGAGCCGGACCUCCCGUACAUGAGACCGCCCUUGUCCAAAGAGCUGUGGUUCUCUGACGACCCCACUGUGACAGAAACACUCCGUUUCAAGCAGUGGAAUGGAAAAGAACGAAGUAUUUACUUUCAACCACCAUCAUUCUACAUUACUCCAGAAGAACUGAGUACUGCAGAAAAUGGCGGCGUGGCAGUUCUCACAAGGAAAAAGGUUGUCCACAUGGAUGUGAGAGGAAACAAAGUAAAACUAGAUGACGACACGGAGAUCUCAUACGACAAGUGCUUGAUUGCCACAGGCGGCAUUCCAAGAAAUUUGCAAGUUAUUGACCGAGCAGAAGAGGAGGUGAAGCAGAAGACUACUUUAUUCCGUAAGAUUGAUGACUUCCGGACUUUAGAUAAAGUCUCCAGAAACAUAAAGUCCAUCACAGUCAUCGGAGGCGGUUUCUUGGGCAGCGAACUGGCCUGUGCCCUCGGCAGACGAUCUCAGGAUUCCGGUCUGGAGGUGAUCCAGAUGUUUCCCGAGAAGGGCAACAUGGGCAAAGUUCUGCCCGAGUAUCUCAGCAACUGGACGACAGAAAAAGUCAAAACAGAGGGUGUGAAAGUCAUCUCAGAAGCUUUCGUCAAAUCUGUGACAUGCAAAGAUGAUCAGUUAGAAAUAAAACUCAAGGAUGGUCGAUUGAUAAAAACAGAUCACGUGGUUGCAGCCGUUGGUCUGGAGCCCAACGUUGACCUUGCCAAGUCGGCAGGUCUGGAGGUGGACUCGGACUUUGGUGGCUAUCGUGUCAAUGCCGAGCUGCAAGCUCGGUCCAACAUUUGGGUGGCGGGAGAUGCCGCUUGUUUCUACGACAUAAGGCUUGGCCGCAGACGGGUGGAGCACCACGACCAUGCCGUUGUCAGCGGCCGAUUGGCCGGGGAGAACAUGACAGGAGCCAACAAGCCUUACUGGCAUCAAUCUAUGUUCUGGAGUGACCUGGGUCCUGACGUAGGCUAUGAGGCCAUUGGGAUUGUGGACAGCAGUUUGCCCACCGUGGGGGUCUUUGCCAAAGCCACGGCCAAGGAUACACCCAAAGCUGCCACUGAAGAGUCUGGAACCGGCAUCCGCUCAGAAAGCGAAACGGAGGACGUGGCAUCGAGCCCCGUGGCCUCCUCCAUACCUGCUCCCGCUGAGACGCACAAAGACGACUACGGCAAAGGAGUCAUUUUCUACCUGCGAGACAAAGUGGUGGUGGGCAUCAUCCUGUGGAACGUUUUCAACCGAAUGCCCAUCGCAAGAAAGAUUAUCAAGGAUGGAGAGGAACACACCGAUCUAAACGAGGUGGCUAAACUGUUUAACAUCCACGAAGAUUAGGACAACGAAGACCAGUGAGAAACUAAGUGACAUUUUGUGAACUUACAGUAUCCCAUCAGUUAUGUAAAUUGUGAUUUCAAUGAAUUAUUUUCAUACUACAUCUGAAAUUUCUAUUUCUUGUCCAUGAUCCCUAAUCAUGCCCUUUAAAAAAAAAAAAAAAAAAGAACUGUCAUGCCUCGGUGCAAAAAGUUUCUCUGGCCAACUCCUGGUCACAGUGUAAUGGUCACAAAACAGCUGCUUAUAGGGUGGAAGGCUGAAAUAAAAUCUAUUUUUAAAUCGGA